GUCUCUUCAACCAAUUCUUAACCUCAGUCGCACAGAAAAUCAUUUUCUGUAAGUAUAAAAUUGUUUUCUCCAAUUACCGUCGAACAUUAGUAUGGCUAUGAAAAUUGCAUUAAUCUUCUAAAUGUGUCGAUGGGAUGAAAAGUUAACACGGAUCACUAAAAAGUAAAUUUAAAUAUUUGUUGUAAAAGCUACGAUGGGAAGCAGCACAAGUGAUCUCAACAUUGUCAAAUUGGAAGACUGUGAAGAAGAAUGUGACUGCACGAAAAGAGAGGCCAAAUUCGCAUUUAGAUCCAGUGAUUCUCUACCUGGAAACAGCCCCACGUCAGUCCAGCACUGGACACUGAUCAUUCAUUUCCCCAGAGGCAAGAAAACGUACCUGUUUCAAGCCAAAGAAGAAAAUGGUCUCCUUCAAGCCGGCCGAGCAGAAAUUCCAUUCAAAGACCGUCAAAGACAUCCAAGUGCUGAGAAGGCCACGGUCGAAACUUCACCCAACGAAUUAUUGACGAAAGCUAAAAAAGUCAAAAAAGGAAAUUACAACGUCUUGUUGAACAACUGGCAAACAUGGAUCAAAGAAUUCUUACGUCUCAUUUCCCCCAAGUUGAUGACGUGGUUGAAAGAAAAAGUGGCCGCAACUGAAAGUGGCCCAAACAUUUCGUCGUCUUCAGUGGAACAUGAAUGUGAGAAACAAAAACUUGCAAAUAAAAGUUAAUUAAGAUUUAGACAAACUUGCUAGUUGCUCCUUGAUCAGUACAAAGGAGUCUCGCAGACCAUUUGUCUAUCAAUUUUAUUGACUUUGAGGUCAAUUGUAGUUUCCUACGUCAAAAAUGAAAACGGCUGUAACUUUCCCAUCGAUUUGUUUCUAAACUAUCGGUGUUUUGUUCAAACAGUCCCCAAAGUUAAGUUGGAUAAUUCAAUGCCAGACAAUAGUUGGAUCUAAAUUCGAUUGAAUAUGCUCUUACAUGCACUUGAACCCAAAGUCAAAAAUAAACCUGUAGAAAACACAUGCCACACCGACUGAAAUGAAACCUGAAUCAUCAAGAAAAGAUUAGGCAUAGAUCACGGAAGGGAAUCAUAUGAGUGAGAGCUACUGCACAGCCUUACAAUAAGAAAUCUGCUAACGGGCAACAAGUUAUGAACAGAAUGCAUUGAAAAGAGAUGCUCACCAUAUCAAUUAAGAAAAGGAGAGUAAUUUCCCAAUAAAGAUGUUACUCUCACAAGAUCCAAAUGCUAUCGGCUCCAUCUGAGACAAAUGGAAAGAACUGUGACGAGUAGAGGAAUCGACACACUCAAUUAUACAGUUUCUUUCGCAACAUUUUCCUUGUAAAUUCAAUAUUGAAAUCAAUGCAGAGAGAAGCAGUACAAACCAACCUGGAUAACACGGAUAAAAUUAUUUUGGUUACCCCGUGUACAUGCGGUCUAGUCUGGGACGUCUCCUGUUGAAGAAUGGCGUUUCUUUCUUUGAACACAGCGGGGCAGCACAAGUCAUCCCUUCCCAUUUCUAAUCCUUUUAUUUAACCUUGAAAUUAUUCAGAAAAUAUUUGGACGGGAGAUGUAGAAAAAAGGUAGCCCUACCUCCACAUCAUUACCAUAUUUUGUUUUCAUACGUGCAAAAAGUUUUCAAAUGACCUUCAUUUUUUGUUGACAAGUUAAUGAAAUAAGAAUCAACUUGAACUAUUCCCACAUCUUGCCAAUGAAACAAAAUAAAUGUAAUAUCAAGACUA